AUGCCCUAUCCAUCUCCUCCCGCUUCACUCUACUCUGCUCCCCGCUCUGUCUUUUUCGUUGGACUGCUGCUUCUCAUCCAUUGGGGGCCAUCAGAGGUCAGUUGCCAGAAUGACACAGAGCCAAUCGUGUUGGAGGGAAAGUGUCUGGUGGUGUGCGACUCCAACCCCACAGCAGAGCCAGCGGGUAAUGCUCUGGGCAUGUCGGUAAGGUCAGGAACUGGUCGGGUGGCCUUUUCAGCCAUCCGUAACACCAACCAUGAACCCUCAGAGAUGAGCAACCGCACCAUGACAAUCUACUUUGACCAGAUCUUAGUAAACGUUGGCGGCCAUUUUGACCCAGCGAGGAGUAUCUUUGUGGCUCCCAGAAAAGGAGUCUACAGUUUCAGCUUUCACGUGGUCAAAGUAUACAACCGGCAGACAAUACAAGUGAGUCUGGUUCUCAACGGCUGGCCAGUGAUCUCAGCCUUCGCAGGUGAUCAGGACGUGACCAGGGAAGCUGCCACCAAUGCAGGGCUGGUGUUGAUGGAGAGAGGCGACAAGGCUUACCUCAAACUGGAGAGGGGGAACCUGAUGGGAGGGUGGAAGUACUCCACUUUCUCUGGGUUUCUGGUGUUUCCCUUGUAGGGUGGGGGUGAGCAAGUUAAUGAUUAGAAGGGUUUAUGUUCUUGUAAUAGCUAAGGGUAUUGAUAAAGAGGGCAAGGUUCAGAAAGGAGGAAGCAUCAAUAGUUAAACAUCCAAUUCCACGCUGAAACCAGGAGCAACAUCAAACUGCUUUGAUGCAUCUUCAUUUGUAUCAGAAAAAUGGGUGAAUUCCCUCUGCACCAAAUAAUCCUGAAUGUAAUUUCCAUUUCCAUUGCACUUUUAUGACUCAGUGUCUUUUGUCUGGCUAGCAGACUGUGAUGUGUUGUCUAUGCUUGCUUAUA